UUGUUAGCAAGGAAGAAGACCAAGUCAGCCCAGCCCAGCCCAGUGUCCACCACCUUAGCCAAGACCAUCCCCGAGCCAUGCCGUUGAAUGCAACAUGCCCGCCGGUCCCUUAUCGCACUUCCGAUCCAAAGUUCCGUCCGUUUCCUCGUGUGCUCCAUGCGGCCUACCCGCCCCGGCCUGCUUGCUUGUCCACCUCAGUGUCCUCAUCAACUCCCGUCGAACGAGACGAGAGACUUCUGCAGCGCACCAACAAACCCCGUCGUCUCUUUUUACUUUCUCUUGACCUUGCCCUCUCCGACCCUUACUCUUACUCUUAUUCUCACUCCCUCCUUCUAAGCCCUUCUUCUCAAAUUCCUCCUCCACCCUCCGCCGUUCCUAUUUCUUCCCGCUGACUUUUCAUCCCGAAUCCGCUUACUAUUCACUCUUCUUUCACACUUUCCUCUACUCCGUACCGCAGUCGGCGACAUCUACGACGCAAUACUCCCCGACACUCUUACACCUCACCUAUUCUUCCUCCCGCGCUCUCUCGCUACCUAUUCAGUCUUCACAAGCUCAACUUUGCCUGUGUGCUUCCGCCCGUGCCUUUCCCAACUGGGGUCUCGGCGUCCUUUGCACAGACCGGUAAGUCCAAGUAUUCUUCUCCUUUGCCCGUGGACCCUAAACCCCCGUCACCCCAUCCCAGUGCUUUGGUCUACCUAGGUGUCAGCCUUUGGUCCCACGCUGUACACUACAUACACUACCAAAACAGUUGCGCUGCAACUGGAUACCACAUACUGUGUAUAGGUAGUGUACAGUGUAAGGUCAAGUCAGGCCGUCAUUGGCGGCGCCGGGACUGCUGGCACUGGUGCGUGUCCGAAACUCGGCAUCACACUGUUUCCACUCUCCCCGACCGACGGGCUAAAUCCUGGGUCUGACGGUCUGACCAGACUUCCCUUCUGGUUUUACCCACAUCUUCCUCCUCCACCACCGCAAUCCACCAUCUCUUCCUCCCGGCCAAUUGUCGAAUCACCCCCGCUGAUCUCAUGUGAACACGAUUGCAGUAUUCCGCUCCGUACCUUACCUUACCUUACCUCACGAGGCUUGAAUUUCUCCAACUUCCUCCAACAACCGCCACUUCCCGCGGCUGUUAGAUCCUCCCCCCUAAAAGUCGCCUACUCACGGCUGUCAACUCGGCAAUCCCACUCGCAUUCCUGGGUCGGUGAUUCUUCAUCUCCAUCGCUCGCUUGCGACUUUUUUACCUCCUUGCAGCAACCCCGCCAAACUUCCCUACUACAACACAAACACCUCUCGCUGUCGCGCAUCACCUCGGAAUUGUCAGUGCUUCCGAGCCGCAACCCUUCCGAGCAGUCCAGUUGAGUCCGACGGCCCAACAUGGCGGAACUCGACACGCUGGACAUCGUCGUCCUGGCCGUCAUCCUCUUGGGUACGGCCGCCUACUUCACAAAGGGCAAAUACUGGGGAGUAGUCAAGGACCCCUAUGCCAACGCCUUUGCCAACGCCAAUGGCGCCAAGGCCGGCAAGACGAGAAACAUCAUCGAGAAGAUGGAUGAGUCGGGAAAGAACUGCAUCGUCUUCUAUGGAUCCCAGACUGGUACCGCCGAGGACUACGCCUCGAGACUCGCAAAGGAAGGCAAGAGCCGCUUCGGUCUCGAGACCAUGGUCGCCGACUUGGAGGACUACGACUACGAUAACCUCGAUUCCAUCCCCAGCGACAAGGUCGUCAUGUUUGUUCUCGCCACCUACGGUGAGGGCGAGCCCACCGAUAACGCCGUCGAUUUCUACGAAUUCAUCACCGGCGAGGACGUCUCCUUCUCCGAGGGCAACGACCCCGCCUUGGACAACCUCAACUUUGUCGCCUUCGGUCUCGGUAACAACACCUACGAGCACUACAAUUCCAUGGUUCGCAACGUCACAAAGGCUCUCGUGAAGCUCGGCGCACACAAGAUCGGCGAGGCUGGCGAGGGUGACGAUGGCGCCGGUACUAUGGAAGAGGAUUUCCUGGCCUGGAAGGACCCCAUGUGGGCUGCUCUCGCCGAGAAGAUGGGUCUGGAGGAGCGCGAGGCUGUCUACGAGCCCACCUUCAGCAUUCUCGAGCGCGAGGGUCUCGACGCUUCGUCCGCCGAGGUCUACGUCGGAGAGCCGAACAAGAUGCAUCUCGAGGGUACCGCCAAGGGUCCCUUCAACGCCCACAACCCCUACAUCGCCCCCAUUGCCGAGUCCAAGGAGCUCUUCAGCGUCAAGGACAGAAACUGCCUGCACCUCGAAGUCGACAUCAGCGGAUCCAACUUGUCCUACCAGACCGGUGACCACAUUGCCAUCUGGCCCACGAACCCCGGUGAAGAGGUUGACCGCUUCCUCGACCUCGUCGGACUUACCGAGCAGAGACACUCCGUCGUCAGCGUCAAGGCCCUCGAGCCUACCGCCAAGGUCCCCUUCCCCACGCCCACCACCUACGAUGCCAUCGUUCGCUACCACCUCGAGAUUUGCGCCCCCGUUUCCCGCCAGUUCAUUUCCACCCUCGCCGCCUUCGCUCCCAGCGAAGACAUCAAGGCUGAGAUGGUCAAGCUCGGUGGCGACAAGGAACUUUUCCACGAGAAGACCGGUGCUCACUUCUACAACAUUGUUCGUUUCUUGGAUUCUGUUAGCGGCGGUCAAAAGUGGACCAACAUCCCCUUCUCCGCGUGGAUUGAAGGCCUCACCAAGCUCCAGCCCCGUUACUACUCCAUCUCCUCCUCGUCCCUGGUCCAGCCCAAGAAGAUCUCCAUUACCGCCGUUGUCGAGAACCAGACGAUCCCUGGCCGCAGCGAUCCGUUCCGUGGUGUCGCUACGAACUACCUCCUCGCUCUGAAGCAGAAGCAGAACAACGACCCCGAGCCUACCGCCUUUGGACUGACCUACGAGAUUACUGGCCCCAGAAACAAGUACGACGGUAUCCACGUGCCCGUCCACGUGCGCCACUCCAACUUCAAGCUGCCUUCCGAUCCCUCCAAGCCCGUCAUCUGCAUUGGUCCCGGUACCGGCGCCGCCCCCUUCCGCGGUUUCAUUCAGGAGAGAGCCAAGUUGGCUCGCGAUGGCGCCGAUGUUGGUCAGACCAUUCUCUUCUUCGGAUGCCGCAAGUCGACCGAGGACUUUUUGUACAAGGAUGAGUGGGAGCAAUACAAGAAGGAUCUCGGCGACAAGUUUGAACUCAUCACCGCUUUCUCCCGUGAGGGCCCCAAGAAGGUUUACGUUCAGCACCGUCUCAAGGAGCGCUCCAAGGAGAUCAACGAGCUUCUCGAGAAGAAGGCCUACUUCUACGUCUGUGGUGACGCCGCCAACAUGGCUCGUGAGGUCAACACCGUCCUGGGCCAGAUUCUGGCAGAGCAGCGUGGCAUCUCUGAGGCCAAGGCCGAGGAGAUUGUCAAGAACAUGAGAGCAGCCAACCAAUACCAGGAGGAUGUCUGGUCAUAGAGUCAGUCUGUGUUAUGUGACACGGAGUAAGGGAUCUAGACGGAAAACGGAGAAGGCAUCUACGCCCUCUUAUAGAGGCGCGAAACUUUGUGCGUGCGUGGGAUACGUGUGUGUGUGUAGAUGUGCGCACGUCUUCUAUAUCAGCAUAGGGCGGCGUAUGUUGUGCAUAUUGGAUCGGGAUGAACGGAGUAAUAUCUCGGGGAAGCCUACCUACGUAAACCCAUCCCACCGACCUCUUUGCAGGCAAAUCGCGCAGACGGGGUUCUUCUUCGAACUAUUUUACAUCAACGCAACGUUGGGCAGGCAGGCAUGAUGACGAGCGGACAAGGGGGUUGGCUUGGUUGCUUGACUUGAUUUUUCAACUUGGCAUAUAACCUCUCUAUUUUCUUGUGCUUAUGCUGUCAUCCUCAUGUCUCUCAUGCCGC